AUGGCGAAGAUUUACACGAACCAAAAAACCCAGUUUGAAAAUGGCGAAACUUUCAGAAGGCUUUCGCGAGAUUCCGAGAUUCGAUACGUGGGAUUUAUGGACAGGCAGCUGCCGGAAAGACAAAAACGACUGCUUGAUUCGAUAAAAGAAGGUCGCGCCGAGAUUUGCUUCAUCAAUACGGGCAUCCACAUUCGACUGCAUUUUUUCCCUUACGCUCUUGACAGCGUACAUGGAAUGAUGCCGCCAAAAGAGUACUGCGACUUCGAGAAAGAACCGGGCAAAUUGUGGUUUCGUUCUCCCAUGAUCAUGAACGGUGUAUGUUGCUCUGCUGUCGGAUAUCUCAACUUGACGAAACUUGACGGGACAGCAAGGCUUGAGUUCGAUCCUGACUACGCAAGGUAUGAGGAAGUGCGUUGCAACGGGCGAACUGCGCCAGACCCAGAGGAACCAAACAACAAUCGGAGCUCAUCGACUUCUACGUCGAAGACAGAACCUACUUCCACCUCCCAAAACGAAGCCAGUAAUACGGGCGUAAAUACAGCCGCGCCUGCGCAAUACGCUGGUCAAAAUGGGCAGGUUCCAAUUGUGUCUGUCCAACAGAGCCAGAAUCCGCCGCCGCCAGCAGAGCUGCCAUCUGUUCAAUUCGCCGAUACUCACUCUCCUGCCACUUACUGA